AAUUCCAUCAGGCUAAGAGAGAUCCAAAGUGCAAUCAUAAAUGACAAUAAUGUCUUUGCAAAUAUAAAUUCUGUCAGCAUUUCCACCAUAGACAGAGUUUUAAAAAGACAUCAGAUGACUAUGAAACAGCUCUAUAAGGUGCCAUUUGAGAGGAACAGUGAAAGAGUCAAGGCUUUGCGGUACCAGUAUGUCCAGAGAAUCAUGGAGUUAGAAGUACAUGAAACGACCCACAUUCUUGUUUUUGUGGACGAGGCUGGGUUUAAUCUGUCCAAAGGCCGGAGACGUGGUCGCAAUCUCAUUGGACACCGAGCCACAAUUGACACACCAGGCCAACGUGGGGCCAAUAUUACAAUGUGUGCUGCCAUUUCAGAGAACUGUGUGAGCACACAUAUUCCACACAUUGUGCCCUAUAAUACCCAACUUCUCCUGGCCUUCCUAAAUGCACUUUACAGAGACCUGAUUCCAGAACAAGAAAGAGGUUUAGUUAGACCACAUUUGCCUAAUUCUGUUGUUGUCUGGGAUAAUGUCAGCUUCCACCGAACCAACAGUGUUAGGGACUGGUUUGCUGCACAUGAAAGGAUAACAGUGGAAUUCCUUCCACCAUACUCUCCAUUCCUAAAUCCAAUAGAAGAGUUUUUUUCAGCAUGGAGGUGGAAAGUGUAUGAUCAUAGACCACAAAAUCAGAUGUCUUUGUUGGAUGCCAUGAAUGCUGCAUGUGAGGACAUCACAGCUGACCAUUGCAGGGGAUGGGUGCGGCAUUCAAGGAGAUUUUUUCCAUGA